GGUUGUUAUCUCUAGCUUUCCGUAGUAAGUGUAAGCACGCUGUUUGCGCUCGAUGGGUCGUCGACUUACAUUUCCUUUUGUAUUUUUCACUUAAGCUACUUUGUGUGCCUAUGUUGUACUCAACGUACCUUAUUGCUGGACACAGAGCGUUACAGUUGUAUGACCAAAGUACAUGGUAUAGUAAUGGUUAUCUCCGUCUAGCUCCAUACUUCAUAUUAUUCUGACAUCCUUUCCUAUGUAUUCGUAUUAAGAUAAUUGUUAUGUACAUUUUCGCCCAGAACUUACUUGGAAUCUGAUUAGACUUUACAGGAGCGAAUCUUUUCGAGUCUCAGUUUUCUCAUUUUAACUGACAUUAUCACAAGAAUAUGGAGCUUGUGGUAAAUGUCAUAAAUAUCUCUUCCUAUUUGCCGAGAGUUAUAUAAGAAUAUAUUUUUACUGUACAAGGUUCUAAGCAAAAUAUCAAAACUUUCUGCAGUUGUUGCAACUAUACUGGCUAGUACAUUUUCCUAGCUUACGUAAAGAGGUAAGCAGCAUUAGAAAACAUAUGUCAGCAGGAUGUUUAGGCUGAAAAUAAAAGCGAUAGGUGGGGAAUUGUACGAUUAAGUGAUAUUGUAUACCUUUAUUUCUUCACAUUCAGCCUCAUCUCAUUCUGUACUUUUUACUUCUAGUGAAUCCUUUGUUCACCCCUACGUCUUAUUUUUAUCACCUCGUCCUCGUCGCUAUUCUCUUGAUGCUCAUAUUAAAUCCCUUGUCCGAUUGUUCUGUACUCGGAAUGUGGUGUUCUUUAGGAGACACAAGUAUGCAGUUCAAUGGUGGACAGUUGAAUGUCAUAAAUGUGGUUUUAUAACAUCCUCGUUAUCUAACACAACAAACAAUUAAUGGGAACCUCAAACCCUGGACAUCUUAAAAAUUUUCAUUGGAUCCCAAAUUGAUAUUGAAUACUACCAAACUUUCCUUGGGUGGAUUCGACGUAUAUUUCACUUAUGUUUCUCAAUGCUAUUUGAACUUGUGUAUUUCUUUGUCUGCCUAUAAGCAUGUUUUUAUUAGAUAAAAUCGUUUGCAACAAUGUUUAAAUUGGGUGAAAACAUCAAGUGUUCACUCGAGAAACAUCUGGUUAACUAUCGCUGCUGACGAUUAUUUUGAAAUUUCAUAAUCCAUCCUCGAGUAAACUAAGUAUUGUCAACAUUUGAGAGUUUUCAUAUAAGCUCUACAUAGGGCAUUUAUUUUUUUGCUGAAGUUAAUAAUACCAACUAAUUCAUCGUCUAGAGUUACCGCAUACUCGAUGUGAUGUGUGGGGUUAAGCCGACGACGAUUAAACCAAAAUUCCAUUGCAAUGGGUUGCGUAGUUGUAUUUAGUUGAAAACACUCAUUUCUAGUAUCUUAACAACUCAGUCAUCCACAACGUUGGACCAUUCACAUAUAUACACCAGUCUGUCGCCAUUCCUUAUAUCUUAAUAACUGCCCUAGAAACAGGACUGAAUGUAAUACUUUAUCUACCUUCAUGCCAAUCCUGAAGCAAUUUUGUUAGCUGUGUAACUUCGUUAGUUGGUCGAAAUUAAUCUAAAAACACCCCAUGACUUGUUGCUGAAAACUGGUUUAAGAGAUGUUUCCAAAACCAUAAUAUUCUCGCCCCUUGUCUUUUACUCUGUUAUCAUCCGUAAGUGCAGUAUAUGCUUGGCCGGUCGAAAGGCCAAAUACCUCUAAAAUACUAACAGAAACCUUCAGUUUUACUCACUUUUUGGUGAAUCGUUAAAAUAGUCAAACAGAUGAUGUGUCUGGGUAGUUGUAUGUGCUGGUAGUGGUGUGUCAGAAUAGAUCAAUCUACGUAGUGAAAAUUGGGGGAGCUCAUGUCAAUCAGGGCCAUUUUCGGCGCCGUUGUGAUUCUAUUCUGGCAAUAAAAGAUCGGGUUUACAAGCUCUUCCAAGCUGAAGGUAUUUAGACUCCCUGGUUGUGAUCACUGCUUCUUUCGAAUUCCUCACAUCCAGUAACAACAUUAUAUCAAUAAUGAGGAUAUUUGGCAGAGUAUGUGUAGUCUCAGUAACGAUAUUUCAAUUAUUGUUACAAUCGUAAAACGUUGACUUUUGUGGCUUAGAGUUGUGUUACCAAUAUUCUCCUAGCGACUUACAUAUUGUACUUAUUUUCCAACGUUAACACUGGGUUAAGAAAUGGAGAGGUGACCAGUUUGUAACAUUACACCGUGGUUUAAAGGACAGUUCUUAAACUGUGCAUUCUAUCAAAAGCUUAUUUUUGUAACCCUUCUUUUUUAAUUCCACAUUACUACCACUUCAUUUGUUUGGCUCAUUUUAGUGCUAUAUGGUACCAGAAUUUACAUGUUACAAAGAAAUACAAAUCUAGCAUAAGUAAAACCUUAACUAAAGCGUUUAUGAAUGAUUUUUUAAAACUCAUAAACACGCACUUCACCAUAGAUCUGUGCUUUUGUAUCCAUUGUUCCAAACAUAGUGUUGUAAUAAUUCAAGGUAUAGAUUUCAUACCACGUAUAUUACUAAGGAUUCCUCACUGUCAAUAGAGUGAUGUUGAUAUGCUAAUCAAAAAUGUUCUAGAAAUACCUCAAAUAAUGAAACUUGAUUCCUUAUUAUCCUAAUUUUGUGCAGUAUAUUUUCGUUAUUAUUUUUUCGUGAUUGAGAGUAUUUAACACGUUGGUGCAUUAGGCUAAUAUAUUUGCAACUAUGACAAACAAACCACUCCUGUCCUUUUUUUCUUGGCGAACUGUAGAGAAGUUUAUCUUCGUAAUUAAGGCUUUUUGGCGAUGACCCUAUUAGGACUAAAAAUACAUUUAAGAUGAUUGGUUAAGUGCUAGUUAUAAUAAUUAAGAUUUUUGAGUAGUUGUCACCUAACGCAAUCAUAAGAAAAAUUCACAACCAUCUGAGACUGAGUACCGCCAUGACGUUAAGAUGGCAAAAUCGGCAUCCAGUCAUUAGUCUUAUAUAUAUUUAAUAAUUAACAGCAUUGCUUAUGUUCAGUAGAACUUAUUUUGGAAAGUCUGAAUAAUUUUGUUCAUUAUUAUUUUAGUAGAGAAAUGUCCGGUCCCACAAAAUUAGAUGUUAUAAAUUAUAUUAAGUCUAUGAAAAUUGAAAUCAAGUCAUUGUCAGCACGAAUAAAUUAUCUUACACGUUAUGUAGUACAACAGAGGCACCAGCUAAGUUCUGCAUUGAAAAAGAUUGCAUCUCUGGAACAGUCUUCCAAACAUUCGUUGAAUCGAUCAAUAGGUGUAUCUCAUUCACCUCAAUCUAAACGUUCUGUAGGAUGUCAGAUUUUUCCAGGAACAAACCCUCUUGUUUCUGUAUCCCCUGAUGUGAAUGAAGUAUCUUCAAAUAGUGAAUCGUUUGAAGACUUGCAUAAAUCUCUUCAACCACCCGAUAGUAUAAACUUACCAAUAUGUUGUAAUAAACCUCAAAAGCGGUCAAGCCCACUGGCUCAAUCACCUUCAUCCUCAAAUGAAUCUGUAGUUUUGCCGAAAAAGAAAAAGAGACGUUCUUUAAUUAUUCCAACUCAACUUCGCAAAAUAAAGAAAAUUACUCAAUCCCCACAUUCAUGUCCAAAGACUCCUGAACAAAAUAUCAAUUCUCCUAAAAAGCGACAUCGACGAAGAUCACAAAGGCAUUUAGUGAAAUAA